AUGGCGUCCGAUGCCCCGGAAGCGCCGGCAACCCCGGCAGCGCCGUCCACCGCACCGGCCCCCGCCUCCGAUGCCGCCUCCGUCCACUCCGCGCACUCCGUCAACGCCAUGAGCGGCUACUCUGUCAAUCUGUCCGUCGACACCGACGACCCACGCGGCCGCGACACGGACAACGACUCGUCCCUCGGCGACAUGGACACGCAGUCCUCGACCCGGUCGGCCACGUCCAGCGUGUACCGCUUUGUCGAGGAGUUUGGCCGCACGUUCCACAGCUACAAGGAGGGCAAGUACUAUCUGCCCAACGACGAGCAAGAGCAGAACCGGCUGGACCUGCAGCACGCGAUUGCGAAGCACGUGCUGGGCGGGCAGCUGGGGCUGGCGCCGCCGAACCAGGAGCUUGGUGGAUCUGAAACGGCGGGCGACGACGGUGCUGCGGGUGCAGAUGCCACGCAGUCGGCCACGGACGAGGCAUCCACUGGGGCAUCCACUGGGGCAUCCACUGGGGCAGCCACCGGGGCAGCCACCGGGCCGUCGCACCCGGCCCACAGAGUGCUCGACCUCGGCACGGGCACGGGCAUCUGGGCCAUUGACUUUGCCGAGCGCCACCCCGCGGCCGACGUCCUCGGCACCGACCUCAGCCCCAUCCAGCCCGAGUACGUGCCGGCCAACUGCCGGUUCGAAAUCGACGACAUGGAGGACGAGUGGACGUUUGGCGGCGCGAACCGGUUUGACUACAUCCACGGGCGGUACAUUGUGCCGUUUCUCAAGAACGCGCCGGCCGUCAUCCAGAGCGCGUACGACCACCUGCAGCCCGGCGGCUACUUUGAGCUCUUUGAGGGCCCCAUGCUCUUCCAGUCCGUCGACGGCUCCCUCGAGGGCACCACCCUCAAGGCGUGGAACGACCACAUGAUGGCGGGCGUGCGGCGCGUCGGCCGGGACCCGCUGGCCGCGCUCAACCUGCGCGCCUGGAUGGCCGACGCCGGGUUCCAGGACAUUACCGAGCGGCGGCACGCCCUGCCCAUCAGCCCGUGGCCGCGCGGCCGCGACAACAAGCUGCUGGGCGCCAUGGAGAUGACGAACCUGCUCGAGGUCGCGCACGGCAUCACCAUGGCCAUCUUCACCAAGGCGCUCGGCUGGUCCGUCGAGGCCGUCGAGGUCUUCUUGGCCAAGGUGCGCCAGGACCUGCACGACCGCCGCAUCCACGCAUAUCUGCCAGUGUAA